AUGAGCUGGUCAGGAGCAAUUAACGUUGCAGGUGGAUACUGGAGAACUCCAGAGGCUCCACGAAGUUGCUGAGAUACUUGCUGUGCCGAAGAGCCAGUGAGAAUCAUUCGAGAACCACAACACGAAUCCAUCCAUGAAAAGGAAAAACACGGCAAAGCUAUAUGAACAAAGGACGACGACAAAAGGCUUUCCAAAUACGCCAUCAAAAUGAAUUUUGACUGAGAAAAAAUCGCUCGAAAAUUCCCACAUAAAACUUCAGUCCAAGUGCAAUCUCGAUGGAGAAAUAAGCUGAAUCCCAGCAUUAAGAAGAGCCCAUGAACUGAGGCAGAAGACGUUCUUCUUAAGAACAUAGUUUUGGAUAUUGGGAUGAAUUGAUAUGAAGUAUCCAAAUACAUUGAAGGCCGAACUCCGAAUUCUGCUAAAAAUCGAUUUCACAGUAUAAUAGUCGGAACUCUUUCACCAGAAGAAGCCUUAAUUAUUGAGCAAAAGUCAAAGACCAUGGGCGGCAUUGUUGGGCAGCCUGACGAUGACCCUAACAUGGACAUCGACAGUGAAGAAAAAGAAAGCCAGCUAAAAGAACUUUACAGUAAAGAGCAAGAACUGCAAGAUGAAAUGAGCAUCACAGUUCAGCAAAUACAAUUUCUUGAGCGAACGCUUUACAAAACAAAUGGAUAA